CCCUGCCCUAUAGUGGGGCGUCGCUCUGGGGUUCCCCCUGACCCCCCCUCUUCCCCAGAUGAUUUUGGGGGUGCGCCAGGCCGGGGGCUUCACCCGCCGGUUGGGGGUCGAGUGCUCGAGUGCAGACGAGGCGCUGGCGGCUGCUGGGGCUGGGGCUGGGGCUGACAUCGUCCUGCUGGACAACCUGGCCCCCCAGGAGCUGCACGCGGCAGCGGCGCAGGUCAAGGCUGCUCAUCCCGGAGUGACGGUGGAGGCCAGCGGGGGCAUCGUUUUGGGGACCCUCCCUGAGUUUCUGGGGCCCCACAUCGACGUGGUGUCCAUGGGGUGUCUGACCCACAGCGCCCCCGCCCUGGAGUUUGCGCUGUGAGUGCUGGAGCCCUAAAAGCCAUCCCCUGAGCCUAGGACCCCCAAAAUCCAACCUAGGACCCUAAAAUCCUGCUCUGGAAUCCCAAAACCCAACCUGAAAUGCCCAAAUCCAUUCUGGGGAGGGUGAAACUCACCAUGAAACUCUGAAAUCCACUCUGGGAAUCCUCAAAUCCCGAAGGCCCCCCCCCACUGUGAAGUCUGGCACUGAGUCCUCCCAGUCACAAGGGGGCACCAAUUCUUGAGAGCUGCUCACAUCCUGGGACACACAAAAACCAUUUUGGACCCCAAAAUCUGUCUUAGAACCUCCUGAAUCAACCCUGGGACCUUAAAAGUCCACUCUGGGGCCCUCCAGAACCCAUCAUGGGACCCCCAAAUUCCCCCCGAGACCCCACAAAACCCACUCUGAGGAUCCCAAAUCUCCAUCCUGGGCUCCUCCCACUCACCUCCCCCCUCUAAGCUGGACCCAAAAUGCCACCCUGAGAUCUCCCCAUCCCCAUUGAAUCUUUGUACCCGCAAAUAAAUGCCUACCUCA